UUGAGUACAGCAACCAGGUCUGCGAGCGUUAGGGAGAGGUCUGGCAAACGACCAAAUGGCACAUGGCGACUGAAAUUGCCAGAAUUAUGCCCAGGGCCUAACCACGCCGCCUUGUUCCUAGUUGGAAUUAAAAACAGCAAUAGAAUUUUUGUUUCGAAAUUUAAUGCGUUACAGCAAGACCAAGCAUUUCGUGAGAAAUUUGACAUUUCUCUCAUUAUCAAUCGAAAUGGUUUCUCUCGUAUAUAG